AUGCCGAAGAUCUACAAGCCAGGAAAGGUCGCCGUGGUGCUGCAGGGCCGCUUCGCGGGCCGCAAGGUCGUUGUGAUCAAGCAGUACGACGAGGGCACGCGCGAGCACCCGUUCCCGCAUGCCGUCGUGGCCGGUGUUGAGCGUGCGCCGCUCAAGGUGACGAAGCGCAUGGGAGCUGCCAAGCUCGCCAAGCGGAGCAAGGUCAAGCCGUUCGUCAAGGCGAUCAACUACUCGCACCUGCUCCCGACGCGCUACGCCCUCGAGCUCGAGGGCCUCAAGGGCGCCGUGACGCCCGAGACGCUGCGCGAGGUGUCGCAGAAGGAGGACGCCAAGAAGGUCGUCAAGAAGCUCUUCGAGGAGCGCUACGCCAGCGGCAAGAGCCGUUGGUUCUUCCAGCCGCUGCGCUUCUAA